GAACCCACUAAUUGGAUGCAGUUCCAAUGACAGAGGAUCGGGGCUCCUGAAAAAGAGCGGUAUUUUUGUGCCGCCAGUCAGUCCAGCACGAAAACCCAAGACUCAACUGGCCAACUCCAUCAAAGUUUCCAAAAAUUUGCCAAUCAAAAUCUACUUGUUUGCUUCAAUGCACAUUUUAAUAUUCUCAUCUCUCCUUCAUGGCCUUCACGUCCUUUCUCUUAUCUUCAUCUCUCGUACUUAAUGCUGAAUCAAAUAGAUAAUAAUAAUAAUAAGAACUAGAACUCCCUGCAUGAGCUGAGCCGUGUUUCUUCUCUUUCCCAACGAACUGUAUGAAGAAAUAUGUCUCUUAAGCUCCAAAUUCUAUGUUGAGAGAGAUCCAUUUUUUUGAAGAUAAGAUGUUCAAGUAGUGAACACUUGUACAAAUAUGGAGUUCAAUAAAGAGAAGCUAGUGAGGUUUUACAACGAUGAGUCUUUGCCUGUGUUCAAAUCAUCUGCUCCUUUGUCGAAAACAGAAGGAAAUAUGGUUGAAAGAAACAGACCCUCUUCAAAAAUUCCGAAAUUUGGAGGAGGGUUCAAAGUUUUCCCUGAAAAUAUAGAGCCUUGGAGGAAGCGAAUUCUUGAUCCGGGAAGUGAAGUUAUCUUACAGUGGAACAGGGUUUUUCUCUUCUGGUGCUUGGUAGCUUUAUUUGUUGACCCAUUGCUUUUUUAUCUUCCUUCAGUGGAACAGAAUGGUAACAGUUCAUGUAUGACAACUGAUUUGAAUUUGGGGAUCACUGUGACUUGUUUCCGAACUUUUGCGGAUGCCUUUUAUCUGUUGCAUGUGUUUGUAAAGUUUAGGACUGCUUAUGUAUCUCCUAGUUCAAGAGUUUUUGGAAGAGGUGAACUUGUUAUGGAUCCAAAGGAGAUUUCAUGGCGGUAUAUGAAAUCGGAUUUUUUCAUAGAUGUACUGGCAGCACUACCCCUUCCUCAGAUUGUCAUAUGGUUCAUUAUACCAGCAAUCAGAAGCUCCUCCGCUGAUCAUACCAACAACACUCUUGUGUUGAUUGUUCUGCUCCAAUAUGUUCCGCGCUUAUAUCUGAUUUUCCCCUUAAGUUCCCAGAUUAUCAAAGCCACUGGAGUUGUCACAAAGACUGCUUGGGCUGGUGCUGCAUAUAAUCUUGUUUUGUACAUGUUGGCCAGUCAUGUCUUAGGAGCAUCCUGGUAUCUGUUGUCGAUUGAACGGUAUGCAACAUGCUGGAAAUCUGAAUGCAGAAAGGAAUUUAGUCCUGCAAAAUGCUAUCUUUUUUACUUGGAUUGUGGCACACUGAAUGAUCAUGAUAGGCAGUUAUGGGAAAAUGGUACUGUUGUGUUUAAUAACUGCGAUCCUACAAACUCAAAUGGUUUCCAAUAUGGCAUAUUUGGAAGUGCAUUGGCAAAUAAUGUUGUCUCCUCAGAUUUCCUGGAGAAGUAUUUCUAUUGUCUCUGGUGGGGCUUACAGAAUUUGAGGAUUUUGAUCUAUUUGUUCUACUUUGUAAAUUUCAGUUCUUAUGGUCAGAGUUUGAACACAACCACAUUCAUUGGGGAGACCAUAUUUGCCAUACUCAUUGCUAUCUUGGGUCUGGUUUUGUUUGCUCAUUUAAUUGGAAACAUGCAGACCUAUUUGCAAUCCAUCACUGUGAGAUUGGAGGAGUGGAGACUUAAGCGGAGAGACACUGAGGAGUGGAUGAGACAUCGCCAACUCCCUCAAGAUCUUCGAGAACGUGUUAGGCGAUUUGUUCAAUAUAAAUGGCUUGCAACUCGAGGAGUUGAUGAAGAAUCAAUCUUAUGUGCCCUACCUACAGAUCUCCGAAGAGACAUCCAACGCCACCUUUGCUUGGACCUUGUUCGACGGGUUCCAUUUUUCUCACAAAUGGAUGAUCAGCUGCUAGACGCCAUAUGUGAGCGCCUGGUAUCCUCCUUAAGUACACAGGGAACCCUCAUAGUUCGUGAAGGAGAUCCUGUUACAGAGAUGCUUUUUAUUAUAAGAGGAAGACUAGAAAGCUCAACUACAAAUGGGGGCCGAAAAGGUUUCUUCAAUUCAAUCACUUUAAGACCAGGCGACUUCUGUGGUGAGGAGUUGCUUGCUUGGGCAUUGCUUCCCAAGUCCACUGUCAACUUGCCUUCCUCUACAAGAACAGUCAAGUCCCUGGUUGAGGUUGAAGCCUUUGUAUUGAGAGCUGAAGAUUUAAAGUUUGUGGCCAAUCAGUUCAGGCGCCUCCAUAGCAGGAAGCUGCAACACACAUUUCGUUUCUACUCCCACCACUGGAGGACAUGGGCUGCUUGCUUCAUUCAGGCGGCUUGGCGGCGGUUCAAGAAGAGGAAAAUGGCUAGAAAUCUUAGCACAAUGGAGUCAUUUUCAUAUACUAAUUAUGAGCAAGAAGAUGAAGAUCAUAGAAGCUCUGAAUCCUCAUCUUCCGCUCAUGCGAAGCAGCACCUGGGUGUUACAAUAUUGGCUUCAAGGUUUGCUAAAAAUGCAAGGAGAGGAGCUCGGAAAAUUAAGGAUGUUGAAUUGCCAAAGUUGCAAAAACCUGAGGAGCCUGACUUCUCAACAGAGCCAGAUGAAGACUAGGUUUAUGAAACUCCAUUAAAGUAGCUCUGCCGGAUUAAUGAAACUUCGUAUUAUUUUCUUUUUUCAGGUAGUCACGGCUUAAGCUGUUAAUAAGUUGAAUAAUGUAUCUAAGCCUAUACCAACGUUAGUAUCA